CACGCGGCACUGUGCGUGCCCUGCUCACCUCAUCAGUGUUCUGGUUCUGAAAGGAGAGAGUGUGCACUGACUCUGAGUGACAGACAGCUGGGCCCUGCUGAUUAAGGCCAGAACCUCCCCGGGGUGCCUGUCAGCACAGCUUGGUCGUCACUUAUAUAAAGCUCACACAAGACACGGCCGGUUUCAUUACACUUUUGCGUUGCGUGUGGUCGGAGUGUUUCAGAUUCAGAGCAGAGCUGAGAGCACUUGUCGUCGUCGUCUCGGAGCUCAGAUCAGAUGAUGGCUCUGCAGGCGCAGCAGGGGAGGUGGAUGUCGUCGCUGGUCCUGGCGAUCUUCUUCCUGGCGGGAGUUCCCCGCGGCGGCGAGGCGCAGCCGCUGGUGCCGGCGGUGCUGACGUUCGGCGACUCGACGGUGGACGUCGGGAACAACGACUACCUCCACACCAUCCUCAAGGCCAACUUCCCUCCCUACGGCAGGGACUUCGCCAACCACGUCGCCACCGGGAGGUUCUGCAACGGCAAGCUCGCAACCGACAUCACUGCUGACACGUUGGGGUUCACUACCUACCCUGCGGCGUACCUCAGCCCACAGGCGUCAGGGCAGAACCUCCUGAUCGGUGCCAACUUCGCGUCCGCGGGGUCUGGGUACUACGACCACACGGCACUUAUGUAUCACGCGAUCCCGCUGUCCCAGCAGCUGGAGUACUUCAAGGAGUACCAGUCGAAGCUGGCGGCGGUGGCCGGCGCCGGGCAGGCCCACUCCAUCAUCACCGGCGCGCUCUACAUCAUCAGCGCCGGCGCCAGCGACUUCGUGCAGAACUACUACAUCAACCCGUUCCUCUACAAGACGCAGACCGCCGACCAGUUCUCCGACCGCCUCGUCCGCAUCUUCCACAACACCGUCUCGCAACUGUACGGCAUGGGAGCACGGCGGAUCGGCGUGACGUCGCUGCCGCCGCUGGGGUGCCUGCCGGCGGCGAUCACGCUGUUCGGGCACGGCAGCAACGGGUGCGUGUCGAGGCUGAACGCGGACUCGCAGAGCUUCAACCGGAAGAUGAACGCCACCGUGGACGCGCUGUCGCGGCGGUACCCGGACCUGAAGAUCGCCGUGUUCGACAUCUACACGCCGCUCUACGACCUGGCCACCGACCCGCGGUCGCAGGGGUUCACGGAGGCCAGGCGGGGAUGCUGCGGGACGGGCACCGUCGAGACCACGGUGCUCCUCUGCAACCCCAAGUCGGUCGGGACGUGCCCCAACGCCACGUCCUACGUCUUCUGGGACGCCGUCCACCCGUCCGAGGCGGCCAACCAGGUCAUCGCCGACUCGCUCAUCACCGAGGGUCUCAUCCUCGUCACAUAAUUAAACCACGCACGCUGGAUCGAUCGGAGAGACGGAGACUGCUUGUGGGGCCAGCCAGCGUCUGACCUACCACGACGAGCUGAGGCUGAGCAUCCUGAAAUGAAAGGAAAUAACGUCGUCGUUGUGGUUGGUUUUUGGUUUGCUUCAAAUCGAUCGAAAUACACAAAAGUCGUUAGGUGCCUACUGGAUCGGGCUCUAAACAUAUAUCUGUAAAAUUGUUACUUUUUUCUUGUUUUUCUUUUAAUUAAUGUUUUCGGAAGUACUUAUAAGGCACAUGAGUGAACUCCUAUUAUUGUCAAAUUUAAGUUCGAUGUUUGUGUAGACACAAGAGAAGAGGCAGAUUUUAUCUCA